UUCAUUCAACUCGAACUCGAACUUAUUCACUUCAUUCACUUUGCAAUUUGCAUCUUUUUAUUUUAUUGUGCUCUAAAUAAACUGCGAAAAGUUGUUUGCUUGUGUAAUAAAAAUAAUAAAAUACCCUCUAGUAAAGAUUAAAAUGGUAUUAGAUACGACCCGUGCCAUGUAUUGACUCUCACCUGUGAUACCGUUUUGUAAUCAAUUAUAAUAGUGAUAAUAUUUCCUGUAACUGUAAUGAGAUGAAAAUAUAAUCUAGUUAUGGACAAAAUAUUGUGCUGAUAAGUGUAAUAAGGCAGGAUGAUGCAGCCUUCGUCUGAUGGGUGCAUGAAUAUCGCGGAGUUAGCAAAUCUGUUGAGAAGGGAGAAGAUCUUUAUAAACUCAGAAAGGCAGUUGCUUCAGAAUCUCAAUGAGGAAGUGGAAAAAAGUGUUCUGGAGCUGUUGCAGACAGCUUGGAUAUGCUCCCAACAGAGACAGAACCUCACAAAUCUGAUCACUUCAAGGUGUGAAGCUGAGUCAGUUGCAGCUUGUCAACGUGCAAGUCUUCUUGAGAAUACCACUUUUAUUGAUGCCCACAAGGUCUUGAAGUAUAAGGAGGUGCAAGCACUAGGUGAUCUUCUAGGAUGGCUCCGAGAUACCCCACACCUCAUGGCUCUAUGUCUAAUGCUAGGCGAGGAUCACAUGCCUCCCAGCCUCCCGUCUUCUCUGGUCGCUGGUCUGUAUGGAAGCUGUCGGUCACCUGCCGACAGGACACGGCUGUUGACUGUCAUACGAUCAUUGAUCAAACAUCAGAUGGCUACUUCCAGUGAUCCAAGGAAGCUAAUCCGCACAAACAAAAGCGCCCUUCCGUCACUGUAUGCGGUAUUCCGUGAUGGCCACACUCCCGCUCGGCAGUUCCUCAUCGCCGCGCUACAGGCGCCCGUCAUGGCAGUCCUCAAUGAGGACGAGUUCUUCCUCGACAUAGACCCGGAUAAAGCCAUAGAGAGAUUUUCACCCGGCGAUCUCCUCAAAAAGUUCGGGCAGCCGAACAGCAACGAGUACACGUCGAAAAUGGCGCGCUACCGCAAGUGGACUGUGCAGUCGCUGUACAACCUCACCAGCAGGUUCACCGCGUCGCUGAAGGAGCACUGGGCCAACUUCCCCGCCACUAUUGCGUGGAUUGUACAGCAGAUUGUACACUUGCUGAAACAGCAUUCCAGAACCACUGAUCGCGAGAUUCACGCGAUAUGCACAGACCUGGUUCUCAACCACUUCAUAUGCCCCGCCAUAGUCAACCCAGAAGCACAUGGUGUGGUCGAGGUGCCUGUCUCUUACAUCGCGCGCUGCAACCUCAUACAGGUCGCGCAGAUUAUACAGAUGCUGUGUCUGGCCAGAUACCAGGAGGUGGAGCCCAAAGUCCGUGACCUAUACAUGAAAUUCGAGCGCUCAUGCGUUUGGUCGUUGGUCGAAAGUAUAGCGGGGGACGCGUUCGCGCCGCCUCCCCCCGCACCGCCCUCUGACGCACCCCUCAGAACCGAUGCCGUCACUCUGUCUACUGUUGCGUUAUUUACCGCACACGACGCACACUUACUGAUAACCUUCCUACGAAGAAUCUCAUCUAAGCUCAAUAACAACACCCAAAACGGCAGCGAAGAGAACGUGAACGGUCCCGUGCAAAAUUCUGAUGAAUCUGUAUUUAGCCAUGAAAGGAACGUUCUGUCGGAGACUGAAGGCGGUGGGGCUACUCGGUUGGCUGCUCUGGUGGCGAACAAUGAACCCAACUACCGAGCACGUCUGCAUGAUUUGUUACGGAAGAUGCCGGAUUUCGCGGCAUUGAGAUCCUCUCCAACUGACAUCAAAGAGACGAUGUCAGAGAACGGCCACAGCAAGCGCAGCAUCCUAGGCAAAGUGAGCAGGUCCCGCAUGCCGAGGUCCACUUCCUCGGACGAGAGAGGAGCCGAGCGGGACCUGGAGCCCGAGGUGCUUGUCAUCAAACUGGUCAACGUGGUCGAGCAGGACUAUGUCGGACUAGUCCCCGAGUCGAAAGUGCUGGAAUGUUACUACGGUGGUGGGGAAGGCGAGGUUGAAACAGAAGGCGAGGGAGUCAACCUACCUCCCACUGGUGUUACUGCACCCAUACAGAAGCGAACCAGAUUUUCGGUGUCCCACGACGAAGUUUCCCUUGGGAAUACUUCGGACAACUUGGAAGCGGUGUCCGAAGCAGCGUCCAAUCACAGCGUCACUUCAAGUCUCGAACUGGAAACCGAAGACCAAAAUGACAAUCUUUCAGAUAUGGUUUCAGCCAAUGUCAGCGGUCGAGGAAGCCCCAACAUAUCCGGUCGGGAGACUCCCUCGUCGCAAGUUACAGAUGGCGACACGGCCGGAGACAUACCGACAAGACGGAUACAAGCCAACGCCCCGGUUAGUCAAGCCGCAAGCGCUGCUCAAGCUAAAAUGUUGAAGCAAACCCGCAACGAUAUUGAGGACAAAUUUGGCAAAUUUGAAAUCAAGAAACUUCUAGAAGGCGACGAAACAAUAAGCAUAAUGUCAGACACUUGGAGUACGGACGUGCUAGCCUCGGACUCGGAGACGAUCGGCGACUCAUGCGAACACACGCAAGUUGCCGCGAGCCAAGGGUCUAAUGCAAACACGAUCGCGCCGGACGCAUCGGAAACUGCGAGCGAAUCCGCAUGGAGUAUGGACGUGCUCGCUUCCGACAGCGAUCGUAAUACUGAGGUGGACACAGACGACUGCGUGUCGGUGGCGGCGCGCUCGGACACGUCGUGGCCGCGCCGCGCGUCGCACCACGACGAGCUGGCGCCCGUCACCGCCAACUCUACCACCAAGUUGCACCAGAUUGCCAAUGGUACCGCAAAACGACCAGAUGUUAGCAGCCCUAGACACACGACGCGGCCUCAUCUACCUAACAGGAGUGGAGGCUACCUCAGCGCUACGGCGGCGCUGUGCCGCGGCGGCGAGCUGGACCUGCCCACGCACACGACGCACACGUCGCCACACAACUUCCCCAUCGAGAACAGGAAGAGCAUUCUCGUUAACGGUUACCCGGUAAUGACAUGCUACGCGUCCGCACCGGAGAGCCCCAGUACGGCGCCGCCAAUGUCCAAUGAUGUGUUCGACUAUGUUCCGCAGGACAACUUCAACGCGCAAAGUAACAGUGUCCCGACUGAGUCGACCCUAGAAGACGCAGCGGGUGGUGAAGAGCCGAGCGCGUUGAGUUGUGCGUCUGGUUCAGACGCGACCAGCCAAUGGGUAGAUGAUAGCUUCCCUACCAAGUACCAUCUGCCGUCCACCUCCAAGGCUUACGACGACAACGAUCUUAUGGACAGAUCUUUAAACUCAAGCGAGAGCUCGUUCAACGCGCUCUCAGUGUCGCAGUACGAGCGUCGCUUCGACUCGGGCAUCGAGUCGGAGCGGCCCGACCCCGAGCCGCGCUCCGCCAUCUCCGACCUCAUGACGCGCAUGAGCUCCGCCACCAUCUCGUCCAACCUCGUCAACAACAUCGCCUCCCGGAUCGUCAAGUCAGAGAUCAGAACCAGUAUAGUCAACAUCAGUUCUUCUAGGAUAGAGAAGAAACGUGAAGCAAGAAACGAGAGCAACAUAUCCCUCAGUACGCUGUCAGUAAACAGCGUGGAGACAUCAGUUUCGGAUAAAAGUUCUAGUCAGGAUGUGAACUCAGAGAAUGUAACGGAGAGGCGGAUCAGUCCCCCGCCUAAGACGGUGUCUACGGGGGCCAUACCGAAGAGUAUAAGCUUCGAUGCUACGGCUGAAAAGUCACAGCGGAGACGUAUAAUGGGCGAAGAUGGUCUGGUGAACAAUUUGGACGAGCUGAAGAACAACGUGAAACGUUCGGGAGGGAACUUACUGCACAAGUUCAAGAUGUUCCGGCACAAGGGCCGCUCGCACCAUCACGGAGAGAUGAAGGUAUCCGAGGAGGAGGUAGGCAGCGAAGAAGUGGCACCGGAGAUUCGCGAAGGUGAAAGCUCAGAGGAGAUCCUCGCCAAGUAUCGACGCGCGGCCGAGUGCGCGCCGCGCCGACAAUCCAGGCAUCACGACCUACCCGAUGGACACGAUAUGGAAAGGUGCGAGGGAGUCGUGGAUCUAAACGAUCCGGAGGUGUUCAACAGUAUGAAGCGACGCUUACGAGUCGUUUUGGCCAACACCGACUUUCACAGUGUCCAAUACGUUCCCAACCGGUGUACAAGUACGAAUCUCACGGAGUGGGUGCGCGCGGGCGGCAGUGCGGAGGCGGCCGCGGCGGCGCGCGCCUUGUCCGCGUGCGGCGCGCGGGCCGCUCGUCUGGCGGCUGCUUUACGCGCAGACCUUGCCGCGCGGCGCCCCUAUGCUGCUUAUCUCGCCUCAUGUCGUGCGGCGCUAGCUCACUCACUGCACGAUCUUCAAACGCAAAUCAAGCUCGUCCGUUGGGAGUGGUCCGGCUGUGCGCGCGCGGCCGCCGCAGCCCGCGUGCUGGAACAACUUGAGCGAGGACCCGCGCUGCGACGCCUGGCCGCGCACCACGCGCACGCUCACGCGCUGCUCAACGGCGGGGAACUGAUGGACGAGCGCGCCACCAGACUGACGGCCAGCAUCAAGGCCAUCACCGCCGAAGUCAAGGCCGACCCGUCGUGGGAGGGAGCCACCGCAACCAUAAUAGAGAGCGCGGAGGUGACCGUGGAGCGAGCCGUGUUCGCGAGGCUCUACCUGCACGUGCUAUUCCCGAACGGCGACGGAGAUAUCGCCAGAGAUCAGGUGCUAAGCGAUCACAUACGCCGCCUGUCCGCAAGCACAAACGCAAUACGAGCGGGCGUGCCGCCGCGCCAUCUGUGGGCGGCGCCCUUCCCGCACGCGCAGCUGCAACUUCGAUACCUACCCGUGUACCGUACGCCGAAGGAUAAGGUAACGUGCGUUUUACGGUGCGUGCGAUCCCUGGUAUCAACUCUGGCACUGACGGACGGUUCUCCGCCCGCCGCCGACGAUCUCACGCCGGCUUUAGUACUCGUUAUUAUCAAGGUGAACCCUCCCUCCCUGCUGUCGACGAUAGAGCUGGUGAAUGCUUUGGGCGGCAGCGCGCUGUCCGGCGAGGCCUUAUACUGGUGGACGCAGUUCUGCGCCUCCGUAGCAUACAUAAAGACGAUGGACUACCCCGCGCCCGCGCCCGCACCGCACCCCCCCUCCAGCAACGACUCCUAGCGGGGGCAGGCGCUGAGAUCAGCGCGAAACAUCGAAUUCAGGUUUAAAAUGUUCCGUGGCGUCGCCCGCUGCGACCGCAGGAACACAUUGUAAACGAAUACCUUAUUAUAAGUGAUAAAAUAAAUUAUAAAAUGUAUUAUAAUAAUAUAAUCGUGUGUAUUCAACAAAUCAUCAACGAUACCAUAUUCUAAUAUUUUUCAAUAAUCUGCAGGAACUUUGUGAUACGAGUUGCACAUCUCGACAACGCUGAGAGAUUUGGGUAUCGAAACACUUCAUUCGUUCAAUCAUCAUACUACAGGCCUGGGUGAACAUUGACUUGGUUUAUUUAUUUAUAUUAUUUAUUACAUUAUUUAUUUGCAUAUACGUGGGUAUGUGUGCAUACAGAUGUUACAAUUAUUUCUGUGUAAGACAACUAAAUGAGUAUAAUAUAAGGUACAUAAGUUACAUCCAGCGAAUUUCCUAUUAUUUUAUAUUAAACUAUAGUUGGACUUCGUCUGUGUUGGUGUUAGCUGGCGGGCGUGCUCUGCCUU